AUGAAGAGUGGACCGUGGUCCAAACAACAAAUAGAAAGGUCAAUCAAAUUGGUGAAUAGGCCGGAUGCAAUUGUAAUCAAGCAAACGGGCACUAUAUCAUACAGCGAUAUGCUGAAAAAAGUUAAAAAUGAUGGUGAGCUGCAAAAAGUCGGCGAAAAUGUGACGAGAAUACGGAAGACAGUGAAAGGAGAAAUGCUGCUGGAGUUUAAGCAAAGUCCGAAGGAAGAAAACUCUGCUUACCAGAAAUUGGUGGAAAAAGCGCUAGGCGAGGAGGCUAUUGUUAAACUAAUGACCACGCAGACAAAGAUCGAAUUUAAGGACCUGGAUGAAGUUACCUCAGCGGAUGACUUAAUAGUUGCCAUAAAUACGAGCUUCAGUAGUCUAAAUAUCAAGAAGCAAGCAGUCACCUCAAUCAGGAAGGCGUAUGCCGGCACACAAACUGCAACUCUAUCGGUUCCAACAAAAACUGCUAAAGAGUUACUUCAAGCCGGGAAAAUCAAAGUUGGCUGGGUAGUGAGCACGAUUAGAGAAAAAUCCACAGAUCUUAAAUGCUUUAGAUGCUUCGAGGCAGGCCACAUUGUUAGAAAUUGCAAAGGAAAGACAGAUAGAAGCAAGUGCUGUCUAAAAUGCAACGAAGAAGGGCACCGCGCAAGAGACUGCAAUAAGAGCCCGUGCUCUGGGAUUUGCAAGGAACAAGGCAAGCCUCAUGACCACCCAAUGGCCGGCAGAAAUUGCCCGGUAAAUUCACGCGGCGCUAACAACAAUGGACAGCCAUGA